AUGAUCCAGAACCGGAAAAUGAGAAAAGGUACACGCAGCUGUACUGCAUGUCGUCGUCGGAAAGUCCGCUGCAUCUUUCCGUCGGAGGAAUCCGACGUGUGCUCCAAUUGUGACAGGCGAGGGUCUACAUGUGUUCCACAAGGUGUAUCUUUGGAUCUGAACUCUAGGAUCAAUGAUAGAUCUCGUCAACGUCGCCGAGUGAAGUCGCGACAUCAAAAUACCCAGUCCGUGCCGCAAGCCACACCCGACGGGGAGACCAUUCGUGGCUCGAGCCAGUUCAGUGACGUCCUGGUGGCUCUGAAAGGUCUACAAAACAGGAUCGAGAUAUCGUUGAAAUCGACUCGUAGUAAUGUCCCAGCCCGAGAUGUCGUCGGUCCAUCACGUGGGGCCGACUCAAUACAGAGUGAUCGUGCCCCGAUCAUGAAGCUCUUGGACCAUGAAUUGAUCGGUCGAGUUCCCGAGGCUGAGAAAGAGGCAUCUCAGCAAGUAUCAAGUCAAAGAUCUAAGCACAACAAGACCUACUCAUCUCACCAGCCCACUGAACAUGCUGAAGCGCUCAAAGGCCUACUUGCAGCAUUACCAACAGAACUUGAAAUGAACGGAAUCUUCAAGACUAAAAGUGGAUGGUGGAACUCCUGGCGUGAAUCGUUCGGGCUAAGCUGGGGCGACGAAGGCGAUUCCAGCCUUGAGGUGUUCGCUAUUCGGACUUUCCAAACCGGUCAUCCCGCUCUACUUGGAAGUCUCUUACUCUGCUUUGCUCUCAGCACGGGUGACUUUGCAAAAUAUCUUUCUUCAGUAGAACAUUGGAUCCUGAACAAUGAUGAGCUUGCUGGCAGUAUAUAUGGCUUGCAGUGUUUGAUGGGCCUGGGGCUCUGCUUCAUGAGUUCCUUACAGCCCCGUCGUGCGUGGGCCACAUAUCGUAAGGCUAAUACGCUCUUGCAGCUUGCGGGAAUCCAUCGGACACACCGAAAGUCCAAGAGUCUGGAUACAAUUUUCUGGCAGUUGUUCUCGGCCGACCGAUGGGUUAGUCUACUUAUUGGCCUGCCAUAUUCAGUACCCGAGAAUCUCUGUGAUCUUUAUAUUCCUCCACCAGAAGAGGAGUCAUUAGUCAAAUUUCAUUACCGACACCUGUCAAUCCUGACUGGUCGGGUCAUUGAUUGCCUGCAGUCUGAAAAAAGUCCUACAUUAUCCACAGUCACGGGAGUGGAUGAGAAAAUCGAUGAGAUUACGGCGCAUUUACCAUUCGGAUACCUGGAUCUGGAGCAGAUUAGACGAUGUCGAGAUGCAAAAGACAGGCACACUCGGGCUUUCCGCCUGUCUCAUGUUCACAGCUUGAGAGCACAGCUAUACAUGCCAUUAUUCUUGCAAGGAGCCCAAGGCGAUAAGCAGGAGUAUAGUCGGAUGGCUUGUGUGAGGAGCGCAAGGACUCUCCUAGAAGCGUAUCUUCUCUUGCAUGAGAGUGACCCUGCUGCGGCACGCACGGACAACAGCAUCAAACAAUCAGCACCGAGUGCGCUAACAGCAGCUGUGAUUGUCUUCUUGAAUAUGCUCGGUUAUGGGAGGAACGAUGCUGCAGGUGCAGUACAGGAGAGAGCCGCCGAGAAAGUCUAUGAUGAUGGGCUGAUUGAACGGACGCUGAUCGCGUUGUACAGCUGGUCAGAGGAUCAACCAUGUUCAUUAUCUGGCCAGUGCCAUGCCACGCUGAAAGACCUAGUGAAAAGCAGCCGAGGAUUGCACAAAGGAGAGCGUCGUGAGAUUGUCGUGCCAUACUUUGGCAAGGUGACUGUUGAUCGCAAAGAGGGCCCUUCGCAGGCUGCUGAUCCCUGGCUAGAGACUUCAAGCGGAGAAGGCCGUUUGUUGGAGUCGAAUGCCGAUAGCAUCGCUGCCUGGCCUGCCCUGUACGAUGAUUUCUUUCUUACCUAUUCCGGCCCAUGGACAGCGCAAGAUGAUUAUGUAGGAGGGCUCGUUGACAAUGCCGAUGCAGCAGCAGCUUUCGAUUGGAUAGCCGAGCCCGAUCACGGCUUUUGCCAAUACUGA